AUGGAAAUCGGUUCCUUGAAAAAUUUGACUUGGCUUGAUUUGAGCUAUAACAAUUUGUCAGGAAAUUUACCAUCAACAUUAGGGGGAUUAGAGGAAUUGCAAAGAUUGCAUCUUAGAGGCAAUAAUAUUGGAGGAAACAUUCCAGAAGAGCUUUGUCAGCUAAUCAAGCUGGGAGAACUAUUUCUCUCAAAUAACAAAAUUUUUGGAUCCAUCCCGAAUUGCAUUGGAAACCUCAAUCUUUUGCAGAGAUUAAACUUGAGUUAUAACAAACUGACAUCAUCAAUCCCAAUGAAUGUGUGGAAUCUUGAAAAUCUGUUGUUCUUGGAUUUAUCAUCAAAUUCCCUCUAUAGAUCUUUGUCUCCAAACAUGAAAAAACUCAAAGCUAUUGAGUACUUAAAUUUAUCUCAUAACCAAAUUACUGGAAAUGUUCCAAGUAUCAUUGGUGCUUUUGAAAGUCUAGGUAAACUUGAUUUGUCAAAGAAUUCAUUUCAAGGAGACAUUCCAGAUUCUUUUGGGCAAUUGAAAGGAAUGGAUCUGCUGGACAUCUCUAACAAUAAUCUCUCAGGUGUAAUUCCUAAGUCUUUUGAAGCACUUCGGUUUCUCAAGUAUUUGAAUUUGUCAUUCAAUAAGUUAUCAGGAGAGAUACUAUCUGGUGGACCUUUUGCAAACUUCAAGGCAAAAUCAUUUUUAGGUAAUGAAGCACUUUGUGGGAAUUCAAUUUUUGGAGUUCCACCUUGCACAAGUCCCAAUUCUAAAGGAGCAAGGAUGAAACAACUUUUGCUCAAAUAUAUUAUUCCCAACAUUGCAUCAAUUAUAAUCUUUGCAAUGCUGGUCAUUAUGCUAAGAAGACAUCCACAAUAUCACAUGCAAAUUCCAAGUUCACUUUUCACAUUACUUACAGUGGAUUGGAGAACGAUAUCAUAUCAAGAACUUUGUCAUGGCACAAACAACUUUUGUGAAAGCAACUUGCUUGGAAUUGGAGGGUUUGGUACUGUGUACAAAGGGAUAUUGUCUAAUGGGACUACUGUUGCUUUAAAAGUUCUAAACCUCCAUUUGGAGGAUGCUUUUAAAAGUUUUGAUGCUGAAUGCAAGGUGUUAAGGGCAUUACGACAUAGGAAUCUGGUUAAAGUCAUUAGUGUAUGCUCUAGUCCCAAGUUUAAAGCUUUGGUGUUGCAGUAUUUGUCAAAUUAUAGCCUUGAAAAGUGGUUAUACUCUCACAACUACUGCUUAAAUCUUGUUCAAAGAGUAGGCAUUAUCGUUGAUGUUGCAUCAGCAUUAGAUUAUCUCCAUAAUGGUCAAUUAGAAUCUGUGGUGCAUUGUGAUUUGAAGCCUACCAAUAUUCUUUUGGAUGAGGACAUGGUUGCACAUGUUGGAGACUUUGGCAUUGCAAAGAUUUUAGCUGAAAACAAGUAUGCAACCCAAACCAGAACCAUUGGUACAAUUGGCUAUAUCGCACCAGGUAUACAUGAAAUCACCUCAAUUCAUUUAAUUUCUUGGCUAAUUUCGUGAAUAAAAUUAGUAAUGGCUAAUUUUAGGAAUAAGAAUGUUGCAUGAUAGUUCAAACCAACUC